AGAGCCCCUCAAAAACAUGGCCGCAGAGCGUUCUUCCGGAAGCGAUCACAGGCGUCUCCGUGACGCAGAACGAGUUAGAGCGUCCCGUGGGGUUUCCAUGGUGCCGUCCUCAGCCCCCAGUUCCUCCGCUUCCUCUCCUGCUUAAGCGCCGUGAACGAGAAGUCAGGCGGCAGGUCCCACCCGCGACGUAGACGCCGCUUGGGUGAGGGAUUGGGAGAGCAGGUGACGCUCUAGGUGAGCCCGUUCUCAUCUCUAUGGUGCCGAGCGCUCGUGUGCGCCGCUCCCGCGCGUCGGGGCGGACGUUGCCCCUUUAAUCGACAGAGGGCGGUGCCGAAGAGGUCCCGCGAGAGCGGCGGGGAGCGGGGGGCGGUGCCGAGGCUGGGGGCCCGUGGCUGAUGGAGCAGGAGAUGGAGCCCGAGACUCUGGAGGCGCGAAUCAACAGAGCCACAAACCCCCUGAACAAGGAGCUGAACUGGGCCAGCAUCAACGGCUUCUGCGAGCAGCUCAACGAGGACUUUGAGGGGCCUCCACUUGCUACCCGGCUAUUGGCCCACAAGAUCCAGUCCCCACAGGAAUGGGAGGCGAUUCAGGCCCUGACGGUGCUGGAAACAUGCAUGAAGAGCUGCGGCAAGAGGUUCCACGAUGAGGUGGGCAAGUUCCGCUUCCUCAACGAGCUCAUCAAGGUCGUAUCUCCCAAGUACCUGGGCUCUCGGACAUCAGAGAAGGUGAAGAACAAGAUCUUGGAGCUCCUCUACAGCUGGACCAUCAGCCUGCCUGAGGAAGUGAAGAUCGCAGAGGCCUACCAGAUGCUCAAGAAGCAGGGGAUUGUGAAGUCUGACCCCAAGCUUCCAGAUGACGCCAUCUUUCCCCUUCCUCCUCCACGGCCUAAGAAUGUGAUCUUUGAAGACGAGGAGAAAUCCAAGAUGCUGGCCCGCCUGCUGAAGAGCUCCCACCCCGAGGACCUCCGAGCGGCCAACAAACUCAUCAAGGAGAUGGUGCAAGAGGACCAGAAGCGGAUGGAGAAAAUUUCAAAGAGAGUGAGUGCCAUUGAGGAGGUGAACAACAAUGUGAAGCUGCUGACGGAGAUGCUGAUGAGCCACAGCCAGGGCGGUGCUGCGGCCCACAGCAGCGAGGACCUUAUGAAGGAACUGUACCAGCGCUGUGAGCGAAUGCGGCCCACACUCUUCCGACUGGCCAGUGACACGGAGGACAAUGACGAGGCCUUAGCGGAGAUCCUACAGGCCAACGACAACCUCACUCAGGUGAUCAACCUGUACAAGCAGCUGGUGCGGGGAGAGGAGGUUAAUGGUGACGCUGCUACUGGCUCCAUCCCUGGGAGCACCUCGGCCCUGUUGGACCUGUCAGGCCUGGAUCUCCCUCCUGCGGGCACCUCCUACCCAGCCAUGCCCACCUGCCUUGGUGACCAGGCCAGCCCUGAGCAGCCCAGCACCUCUGUAUCCCUGCUUGAUGAUGAGCUCAUGUCUCUGGGCCUAAGCGACCCCACACCCCCUUCAGGGCCAAGCUUGGACGGUGCUGGAUGGAACAGCUUCCAGUCAUCUGAUGGCACAGAAGCCCCAGCCUCCACUCUGGCCCCCAGCAUGGACAGUCGGCCCCCAACGCAGACAGUGAGCAGUGGUCUGGAUGACCUGGACCUCCUGGGAAAGACACUCCUGCAGCAGUCACUGCCUCCGGAGUCCCAACAAGUGCGGUGGGAGAAGCAGCAGCCAGCCCCCCGGCUCACGCUUCGGGACCUGCAGAAUAAAAGCAGCUGCAGCUCGCCCAGCUCCGGCGCCGGCGGCCCCUUCCACACUGCGUCCCCUGAGCCCCCUGGGCCUCCGCAGCAGCCCCUGCAGACGGAGCUCUCACUGGCCAACAUUACGGUGCCUCUGGAGUCCAUCAAACCCAGCAGCAUCUUGCCAGUGACCGUGUACGACCAGCAUGGCUUCCGGGUUCUCUUCCACUUCGCCCGAGACCCGCUUCCUGGGCGCUCUGAUGUGCUGGUGGUGGUGGUUUCCAUGCUGAGUACCGCUCCCCAGCCCAUCCGCAACAUUGUUUUCCAGUCAGCUGUCCCCAAGGUCAUGAAAGUGAAGCUGCAGCCACCCUCAGGCACAGAGCUGCCGGCAUUUAACCCUAUCGUCCAUCCCUCUGCUAUCACCCAGGUCCUGCUCCUCGCCAACCCCCAGAAGGAGAAGGUUCGUCUUCGCUACAAGCUCCUCUUCACCAUGGGCGACCAGACCUACAAUGAGAUGGGGGAUGUGGACCAGUUCCCCCCACCUGAGACCUGGGGGAGCCUCUAGAACAGACAGGGGAAGGGGAGAGGAGGAGGAGGCAACAGGACUGGCCACUGGCUAGCCUGUGUGGGAGGCUGUGGUGGCCUUGGACACCCUUUGUCCCCAUGGCCAUAUCCCCUGUGCCUGGUGCUUCUCCCCUCACCCCUACGGCCCCCUCCUUCAUUAACCCCUCCCCUGCUGAGCCAAACCCAGCAGAAGGCUGGGCCUGGGUUUGCACUGCUGGGGACCUUCACCACAGGUGGAAGCCUGGAGCAGGGAAGUCCUGCAUUGCCCCGGAAGGACUUGGGGUCGUUGGGAGAAGCAUGGCUGUCGGGCAAGGGCCAGGACCUCGGCCCCAGCCCCAACCCCAGCCUGGGGUGGGGUCAUCCCCGCCUGUCUCUCUUAUGCCUUAUGGGAAGGCCCAGCCAUAACUUGGGGGCCGUGCUGGAGCCGGGGACUGGCUCAGGCCUCCUUCAUAGGAACCGGGUGACUGAGGGGGUGAUGCCUGCACCCUCAGCUGUUUGCACUCUCUGGUGUGUGGUUUGACUCUCAGCUUUUCUUUCUAAGUUGCCCUGUGGUCACCAUCUCAGGGGGCCUAGUUGCGGGAGCCCCACCCAUCCCCUACACCUCCUGGGGGUCUCCCCCCACCCGCCUGACGCCUUUGCUGUCAGGCCUCCUGAGGGGCUGCAGGGGCUGUGUGACUGCCAGACCAAGGGUAAUGCCAGAGACGGGGCCCCAACUGGGGGCCAGGGGCUUCUGGCCAGGGGAGGUCCUACACUGCAGUUCUCAGUGUCUCCUUCAUUCAUUGGCCUCUGCUGGGGCCUCCUGUGGGCAUCUCACCUCUGUCCAUCCAUCCAGCCAUGGGCAGAAGUGGGGUCAGUGUGUGAGUGAGAGCUGGAGUAUUUAUGGAAAUAAAAUGUCCUUUUUCCUGGA